AUGUUCUGCGGGUGCCUUCAUGCGGUCCAGCCGGCGCUAAUUGCAACAGUACCGGAAGUCUAUCCCUACCCGAGUCACCUGCUCAAUCUGGCCAGUAACCAGAGUGGUACUAACUCUCCACUCGACGAUGUGAUAGAGGCUAUUGGGGUGUCACCUAUUUGCUUGUCCCACCGUCUGUUGCCAACAGAACAGCCGCCGGUGGGUAGUGGGAAAAUCCGCCAGUUCACGCCCCUCUCCGGCACCGAGCAGGGCUUCCAUGAUAACGAAAGUCCCUGGGCCAAUCAGAUGUACCGACAUACUUGA